CCCUGGGUUUUGUCCCGUCCCCCCCCCGUCCCCGUCCCCCCCCCCGAGGCCAGGUGGCAGCUCUAAGGUUUCGCCCUCCCCGCGGGUCGGAGCUGGGGAGCUCCUGGCUGGGAAGCCCUUGGGACGCGUCUUUGCGUUUGGCGGAUGCACGCUUAGGUUUCCCCGGGCGCGCCUGGAGCCGGGGAUGAUGCCCAGUCCGUGUGCUGCCGGGAGGCAGAGCUGCAGGGGCCAGGUCCUCGUCUGACGCGGAGGAUGGAGGGGGGGAACAGCACCAGCGACGCCGUCCCUGCAGACAGGAGGGCUGCAGGACACCUCACAGCUCCAUCCAGGACCUUCUGGAUCGUCUUGUCCAUUGCCUUGUUUUUUGCAGUUGUUGGCAUCAGCGUGCUGGGGGUUCUCAGCUUCUCCCCCAGCUCUGCCCAGGCUGGCUCGCAGCUCAUCCGGCUAACGUUCCAGGGGCAGCAAGACCCGCUGAGGAAUCAGACAGCCUUGGUGGACAAGUCCAGGAGCACCGUGACCUACUACGUAACCUCGCAGAGUAACCACACCGCCGUGGUGCUGUAUGACAGCCGGAACGGCUACGUGUGCUACAAGCCGGCGGAGCAGCGCGUGUGCUACCUGAGGAGGAUGGACGCCUGGGACCUCCAGACCCUGCAGCCAUCCCUCAACACGUCCGAGCAGGGAGCUGACGAGCUGCUACGUCAGAAUAACCAGACCAAGUACUACCGGGAGUUCAUGGGCAUUCUGGUGGGGGAACGGGUGGACCCCAAAAGCCUGGGAGAGGCCGUCCAGACCCUGUGUGAGCAGACAUCCAUCUUCUGGGUCAAGAGAAGGGAGGGUCCCGGCAAGCAGCGGCUGAUCUACCUUUGCAUUGACAUCUGUUUUCCAAGCAACGUUUGCGUGUCUAUCUGCUUCUAUUACCUCCCCGAGUAAGUCCUGCAGCCACAGCUGCCCUCUUGCUGCUCUACAUACUUGAACUGGAUU